AAUUUACUGUUGAAGGCAAGUCAUCCACUGUGGACGGACCUGUGUCCCCUCGCUUCCGUCCUGACCACCACCAGUGACCUCUUUUGUUCUUCUGUGGCUUUAAUUGCCGCCAGAACAGAUAUUUAAUCUACUUCCACAAUCUACAUAUCCUAUCUCUUCUUCGCACCUAAUCCCAAUGUCCAAUCCGCCCCUCCGCAGAUCGGCUCGCGCCGCCUCACAAAAACCAGAAGAACCCAAAGCUGCAGCUAUUAAGGCAGCUGUUGCAAAGACAACCGCAGCUAAAGGCGAAAAAUCAACCCGGCCUGUUGCGCGCACACCCAGUCGCUCCAAGAAGCGUGCUGCCUCCCCGGAAGCGUCUCCGCCACCCGUCAAGCGCUCUCGGUCCAGGGCUGGCGUAUCCGAUGCAGAUGACGCAAAGAAGCUCACAUCCAAGAAAGCCCCAGCAACGACUGCGGCCAAAAAAGUUACCAAGCAGCCGACCGUAAAUGGUCUCACGGCUGUUCAUGAGCAGAAAGCUUAUUUCAACCCUUUGCCUACCCCUAAUGACCACCCUCGACCCGCCUACCAACUCUGGUGCUGGGGCGCAGGCAACUUUGGUCAAUUCGGUUGGGGUGCCGAUCAACUCGGGGAAUUCGCUGUUCCCAAGCGCAAUUUGUGGUUUGAGCAGAAGAUGGAAGAAGGUAUCUUCGGAGGAGAAGAGGCCGGCCUCGAGGCCAUUGCUGCAGGCGGUCUCCAUACCCUGUUCAUUGAUGAAAAAGGAACGGUGUGGUCAUGCGGUGUGAAUGAUGACGCAGCACUAGGACGUAUUACCAAGGACGUUCCAGAUCCAGAUAACCCUGGAAAGUUCAUGAACAUAGACGAGCUUACCGCCGUCCCAUAUCCUCUUCAGUCCCUCGUUGAUGAGGGAUUCCGCGCAGUCAGAAUUGCUGCUGGUGAUAGUAUUUCCGCUGCUAUCAGUGAUCAAGGCGAUCUUCGAGUCUGGGGUUCUUUCCGCGCUGCAGAAGGCUCUCUGGGCUUCUCUGGCGAUGUGCGACUAGAAUUCCUUCCGAAAGCAAUACUAGACUUGCCCACCAAAGCAGGUGACGCUGAAAAGGCUGUCUCUGUCGUGUCAGGCAACAAUCACCUUCUUGUGCUAACUACACAUGGCAACGUCUACGCGUGGGGAGCUGGAGAGCAGGGCCAACUCGGUCGCAAAAUUCUAGAACGUCGCAAGAUUCACGGCACAGUCCCCGAAAAAAUCACACUUGGUACCCGCCACAACCGUGCAGUAUUGGUCGGCGCAGGAAACUAUCACUCGUUUGCCAUUGACGAAGAGGGCGACGUCUGGGGUUGGGGCUUGAAUACGAUGGGUCAGACAGGCACCGGCGUUGCGGAACCGAAGUCCAUGUCCGACGAAGUGCGGUCACCGAGAAUUGUCCUGUCGCUAUGCAAGAGGACCCUCGGUGAAUCAGUCGUGCAGAUCGCAGGCGGAGAACAUCACACUCUUUUCCUGACUACAUCAGGCAAGGUGUAUGCCUGCGGUCGCUGUGAUGGUGGCCAACUCGGUAUCAGCGAUGAGGUCGAAGAAUACGCUUCACGCAAGAACCCUGAUUUCGUGCCAGAACCUAUGAUAGUUCCUUUCCCAGACGCAGGUGGUGCUGAUCCUAUCGUGUUCAUUUCGGCCGGUACACACAACAACAUGGCUAUAUCUCGUGGAGGCGCACUGUACGCAUGGGGAGAAGAGUCUCAAGGAGAGUUGGGUGUCAACGAAAAGGAAGCAAAGACCCCGACGGUGGUGGUUCGCAAGGAGGGUGGCAAGUGGAAAGCAGGGAGUGUUGCUUGCGGUGGCCAGCACACUCUUGGGAUGUUCAGAAGCAAGACCUAGCAUGAUCGGCGUCGUACAGAUAUCAACUAUAUUGCAUCGUGUUACAUUUCACCCGCUUCGUUGUGCAUGCAUGUUCUUUACCUGAACUAUGGACCGAUUUUCUUGCAUACAUCCUA